UCACCUCCGCCGCCUCCUCCUCCUCCGCCGCCUCCGCCGCCUCCUGUAUAAUUUCUGCAACAAACAAUGCCAUGUUCUUCCUGUACAAAGCACUUCUUCCAGCGCUUCUUCACCGACGAGUUCCAAACCAACGGCGCUCUUCAAAGCACUUUCUUGUCCCCUGACCUGUUGCCAUCUCUCGGCGCCACCAUCAACCAAUCCACCAAGCUUCGUAAACACAUCAUUUCCCCUUUCAACCCUCGUUAUCGAGCAUGGGAGAUGUGGCUGGUGGCUCUAGUCAUUUACUCUGCUUGGAUUUGUCCUUUCGAAUUCGCAUUCCUUCCCUACAAACAAAAUGCUCUGUUCAUCAUAGAUCACUUCGUCAAUGCCUUCUUCGCCGUCGAUAUCGUUUUGACUUUCUUCGUCGCCUAUCUUGACUCUCAAUCUUAUCUUCUCGUUGACCACCCCAAGAAAAUUGCAGUCAGGUACUUAUCGACUUGGUUUAUUUUCGACGUUUGUUCGACGGCGCCAUUGCAGUCGAUUAGUUUCUUGUUCACCAAUCAAAGUGGGGAAGUUGGGUUUAAGCUUCUGAAUAUGCUCCGGCUAUGGCGGCUCCGACGGGUCAGCUCUCUCUUUGCAAGGCUUGAAAAGGACAUCAGGUUCAAUUAUUUCUGGACCCGUUGCACAAAGUUGAUUUCUGUAACGUUAUUUGCAGUACAUUGUGCUGGGUGCUUCAAUUACUUAAUAGCCGACAAAUAUCCGGACCCAAAACGAACAUGGAUUGGUGCAGUGAACCCAAAUUUCAAGGAAGAUAGCCUAUGGAACCUUUAUAUUACUGCAAUUUACUGGUCCAUUACCACCUUAACCACCACUGGCUAUGGCGAUCUCCAUGCAGAGAACCCCAGAGAAAUGCUUUUUGACAUAUUUUACAUGCUCUUCAACUUAGGCUUGACUUCUUAUCUCAUCGGUAACAUGACGAAUCUCGUCGUCCAUUGGACGAGUCGCACUCGAAACUUCAGGGAUUCGGUUCGAGCUGCCACGGAGUUCGCGUCGAGAAAUCAGCUACCGAACCCCAUACAAGACCAGAUGCUGUCUCAUAUAUGUCUCAAGUUUAGAACCGAAGGGCUUAAGCAGCAAGACACAUUGAAUGACCUUCCAAAGGCCAUUAGAGUCUCCAUAGCUCACUAUCUCUUUUAUCCUAUUGUUCAGAAGGCCUACCUCUUUGAAGGAGUUUCUCAUGACUUCCUUUUCCAAUUGGUCUCAGAUGUGGAGGCUGAGUAUUUCCCACCAAAGGAAGAUGUUAUACUCCAAAGUGAAGCUCAAACGGAUCUCUAUAUAUUGGUUUCAGGCAGUGUGGAUUUAAUAUCCAAAAUUGAUGGGCAUGAUCAAGUUAUUGGAAGAGCAACAGGUGGAGAUACAUUCGGAGAAUUUGGAGUUUUAUGUCAAAAGCCGCAGCCAUUGACAGUUAGAACAACAAAUCUUUCGCAAAUUUUAAGGAUCAAGAGAGCUUCUUUGUUGUAUAUUAUUCAAUCAAACACAGAUGAUGGGAAUAUUAUCAUGAACAAUUUUUUCAUGAAAAUGAAGGAAUAUGAAGGAAUAAUGGGGAAUGUUUGGUGUGAUGGUGGGCUAAAGAAGCUUGGAGAUGAGGAUGAAAAUUUGGGAAGCUUAGAUGAACAUAGAAUUGAGUUUGAUGAACAGCUUGAAGGAGGUGAAAACGACAUUAAUUUGUCUCAUAACAACAAGUUACUAGCAAGAGAUGGAGGUUUUCGGUCGGAUUUUAUUAGUUCCUCGGUAGAAAACUUGCCCACGAGCUCUUACUCGAAUGUCUCGAGACAAAUCAAGAAAAGGGUUACUGUAUUUAUACAGCCUCGAGAUAGAAGCACGGUUGAAAGUCGAUAUGGAAAGUUAAUGCUUCUCCCGAAUUCGAUCGAAGAGCUCUGUAAAGUUGCUGGUGAGAAGUUUGGAAGGGAAAUGCCCACAAAAGUGAUGAAUGCAGAUAAUGCAGAAAUUGAUGAUAUAAAUGUGAUUCGUGAUGGUGACCAUUUGUUUCUUCUUUAUAAUAAUGAUAUUGAAAAAUGUGGUCUCAAAUGAACCACCA